AUGGCCACAGCUGCCUCCAGCCCCUACACCCUGCUCAGCUCCAGUCCCAUGAUCCACCCGGACAGCCAGGCCAUGCAGCCUGCUAGCCCCUACAGAGGACACCAGAAACUCCUCCAGAGCGACUACCUGCAGAGCGUCCAGAGCAACGGACACCCCCUCGGGCACCAGUGGGCGAGCAGUCUGUCGGAGGGCAGCCCCUGGUCGGCCUCCAUGGAGCAGCAGGACGUGAAACCAGGCCGAGAGGACCUGCAGCUGGGCAUCAUCCAUCACCGCUCCCCGCACGUAGCGCAUCACUCCCCACAUCACAACAACCAUGGCAACCACCCGGGCGCGUGGGGAACCCCGGUGUCCCACAACUCGUCCAUCAGCAGCGGGCAGCAGAUAAACAUCUACUCCCAGACGGGCUUCACUGUCAACGGCAUGCUGGACCAUGGUGGCCUCACACCUCCAUCCAACCCGCAGGGCCAAGGCAUGCACCCGGGCCUCAGGGACACUCUCAGCCCCGAGCACAGCGACCUCGGCGGGCACCACUGCCACGACCACUCCGACGAGGAGACGCCGACUUCGGACGAGCUGGAGCACUUUGCCAAGCAGUUCAAACAGCGGAGGAUCAAGCUGGGCUUUACGCAGGCGGACGUGGGUUUGGCUCUGGGCACGCUGUACGGUAACGUCUUUUCCCAAACCACCAUCUGCAGGUUCGAGGCUCUGCAGCUGAGCUUUAAAAACAUGUGCAAACUAAAGCCGCUGUUGAACAAGUGGCUGGAGGAGGCAGACUCGUCCACAGGCAGCUCUAGCAGUAUAGACAAGAUAGCAGCUCAGGGGAGGAAGAGGAAGAAGAGGACGUCCAUCGAGGUCAGCGUCAAAGGGGUGCUGGAGACGCACUUUCUCAAGUGUCCCAAACCGUCCGCGCAGGAGAUCACCUCGCUGGCGGACUCGCUGCAGCUGGAGAAGGAGGUGGUGCGCGUGUGGUUCUGCAACCGGAGGCAGAAGGAGAAGCGCAUGACGCCGCCGGGGGAGCCGCCGCCGCACGAGGGACCCUAUUCUCACAGCGGGAGCGCGGGAGACGCCUCCUCGUGCCAUGAUCUCUGACCGAAGCACCGGGAGGAUUCCCCCGGCACAGACUCUCGAGCGCAGGGGCGCGCGGUGGCACCUCCGAGCCCUCGCGCCUGUCCCGGUACAGACUCCUCCAGCACUGAAACACAAUAACAAUAACAGAGAUACCUGUUCAGCCUUCGUCAUUUUCUAACUGUCAUGAGGGCAUUAUUCUAUAGCGGCAUAUCAAAACGUCACAUUUCAGAUUUUACCUUUUGGAGCCCGCCAAAUUAUUUUCUACAUCACGGAUAUAAAUACAAAAAUGUGCCUAAUAACCUGCCAGCGCCUUUGGUUUGUGUCACCAUUUCUCAUCAGCUCGAUAAUAAUGAUAGGACGGGACUGAUGUUUUUGGUUUUUAUUUGUUUGGGCUUCACUUGUCUUGAGUGAAACAAAUAAUAAUAAUAUCACUUUUCUUAAUUGAUUUGUUGCAGCACCAGAGGCCGUUUCACAGUCCACCUCAUGCUUCCCUCGGGCUUCUCAAAUGCUUUAGAUCUCACCAUAUUUACACUCAUUAUUUUGUAACAUACUCUUAGCAGAUCUGUAAUUAUUUUUGCAUAUGCAAAUAUAGGCCCUCAUUCCAGUUGUAGAGGUACCAACAUAAUAGCACUUGGAGGGUUUGUUUUUAUUAUUAAAUCCCUCCCUCAUGGCCUGUAGCUUAUGAAGCCACACACAGCUAUUUAUAAAUUCAUUUAUUUGAUUUCAAUCAUCUUCGACCAUAUAAACUGUGUGGACUCUGAAAAUAGAGCCGAGAAUAGAAAGAGGGGUUGACGACGCUAUACACCUGCCUAUAAUUUUAUUGUACGUUCAGUAUCAAAAAUUUUAUAAUCUUAAAUACUCCUGUUAUUGGUUUAUUUCUUAAGUAUUUUUUCGAAUAUUGUACAGUUUUAUAUAUUACCCUUUUGAAGUCAUUAAUUUAAACAAAUGCUCUUAGUUAUUCAUGCACUUAAUUAGCAAUGUAAAAAAAAACA